GACUGGACGGGUAUGCGAGGGCCGUAUCAUUUGUCUGGCUGUUGAACAGGAAGUUCUCCGCGCAGAGACCGGCUCUUUGGUGACGACUCUCACCAUCUCACCGCUGCGCAUCCGUCUCAUCGCCGUUACACAAUAACACAAUGAAGCGAGCUAGGAGCUCCUCUUCCUUGGCGGACUAUGCGUCCUCAACGCCCGGAACCAGCGACGUCGACGGCGCCUUCGACUCUGAAGACGACAAUGAGCCGCAGUCCUCGCCCUCCCGCGCCUCCUCGCGCCUCGACGCAUAUACAGACGACCGCGACGACGACGCGCCCUUCGGCGAGUCCACCCCGGGGCUGAUCGCGCGGACCGCGUUCGAUGCGUACUUCGCCCUGCAUUCGCGCCCGGCGCGCACCUCCGCCGCGGUCUUCAGCCAGCUCGUCCCCGCGCUCGACGCCCCCGCGUACGCGCGCGCGCUCGCCGGCUCGAAGGCUCUCACGUCGCCGCACCUCCUCGAGAGCACGCGGCUGUGGACGGACGAGCGGCUGCGCGCAGGGUUCUUCGUGCAGUGGGCGGACGAGCUCCGCGAGGGAUUCAGUCUGCUGUUCUAUGGGUACGGGAGCAAGCGCGCGGUGCUGAACGCGUUUGCGAGGACGCUCACGAAGCCGAGGAACGUCGCAGGGAAGAAGGAGCGCGGGGGACACGUCGUCAUCGCUAACGGCUACCUGCCUGGCUUCGCGCUGAAGGACCUGCUCAACUCUGUCGAGGCCAUCCCCGCGCUGCAGGAGCUUGACGCACAGCAGACGGCUGCAGGCGGGGGCGCCGACGCGCAGGUGCAGCGGAUCUAUGAUUACUUUUCUAGUGCGGACGGGGAUGAGAGGCUCUAUCUGGUGAUACACAACAUUGACGGCGCGGGUCUGCGCGGGUCGAAAGUGCAAGCCGCCAUCGCCCGCCUUGCGCGUGCACCGCGCAUACAUGUCGUUGCAUCCAUCGACAAUGUCCAAGCCAUGGGCCGUUGGUCGCUCUCAGAACUAUUCGCGCGUAAGGCAGCGCCGUCGUCCCCGGCCCCUCAGGAAGAUACCUCCAGCAAACGAAAAGGCAAAGGCAAGGCGCGCGCCGUCGAUGACCAGAUAGAGGGCACACAGACAUCCUACGACGUCCCACGACGUGGGUUCGCGUGGCUCUGGCACGACCUCACUACGCUCGCGCCGUAUGACGCUGAGCUCGCCUCCGCGGACCCAUCCUCCAUCACGGGCGCCUCGUCCGGUGGGCGGCGUGGCCACGGGGCAACUGCCGCGGCGGGUGGCCCGAAGCUGGUCAGCGAGACGGCCGCGAGGCAUGUCCUGGCGAGCGUCACGCAGAAGGCGCGGAGACUGUUCGUGCUGCUGGGCAGCAAGCAACUUGAGCUCAUGGCGUCUGCGGCGGGUAGUGCUGGCCCGGGCGCAGGCGAAGCGGGGACCGCGGGUCAGGACGCGGCGUAUGACUACGAACGCUUGUUCGGUGCUGCGAGGGAGGAGUUCAUCGCUACGAGCGAUACGGCGCUGAGGGCGCUGCUUGCGGAGUUUAGGGACCAUGGAUUGGUCGUGUCGGCCGUCGCCCCCGUCGGAGCGGGUGGGUCAGGGGGAGGAGAAGCCUUGUGGAUACCAAUGAGGAGGGAAGCAUUGACGAAGGUUGUAGAUGAACUGAAGAAAGAAGGGGCGUGAGGUAAGAGCAUGCAUGAAGAUAUUCUCAUGUACAGUAGUUCAAUGCUAAGCAAUCUAGCUUGGAUAUGGUGUCUCAACCC